AUGAAUCCGGCCACCUCCAAAGUCUACAGCGCUUGUUUCAAUGCACAACAAGAUGGAUUUUCUGUGGCCACGGAUUCAGGAAUACGUUUCUUCAAUGCACAUCCACCUGUGCUAUUACGGAGCUUCAGUAGAGAGCAAGUUGGUGGGGUUAAGGUAGUCGGCAUUCUUCACAGAUCGAAUAUCAUUGUUUUUGUCGGUGGAGGAAGUUAUGCGAAAUAUCCCUCAAAUACAGUUAUGGUGUGGGAUGACAAGCAACAGGAGCUGGUUCUGGAGGUUACUGUUGCCGGUGGACCGAUUCUGAACGUUUUGCUAGCAUAUUCAAAGUUAAUUGUACUGCAAGAAAGAAGAAUUCAUGUGUUUCAAUUUCCAAGUCCAUGUAAGCUCAUUCGGACGGAAGAGAUACGAUACAAUCCAACAGGAUUAGCGGCUAUUGGAUGUGACUUCAAUGGUGCUUCUCAAAUGUUAGCCUAUCCUGGUUUCAAGCAGCGAUAA